AUUGGGAUAGGGACGGUGAUCACAUCACAAUCUGAUCUGAGACGUGACAGACCGACGGCCACUGACGCACAAACACUUUGACGCAGCAAACCUUGAUAGGGUCAGAAAAACUCAACCAACAAUCUCUGCAGCAGCUGUAUCAGAAAAACGUAAAACUCUGCCGGCCGGAGAGCCGGAGCGAAGCGCUGCCCGCCAAAACCCCCCCAUUUGGCACAUUCUGUCCCGCGAGACCGCUUCCCGCCGUCCCCUUGCUCAUUUCACCACGUCGCCCUGUCACGUAUACCCAUGCGAAUUGCGAACAACCGAGGAUGCUGCUGCUGCACCACUGCCACCGCGGGGCGUAGCAGAGCCAGCUCCUUUGUCGACUCGGUCAAGUCACCCGCUACAUCCACGCCAAUGGCGCCGCCCCCGCCGUCCUUGCUCCGAGAGCUCCUGGCAGCUGACGGGUUCAAGAACCGUCGCAGACCGCCCGACAGCUCUGCGCCGGCGGCCUCGAGAGCCGCGAGCAUGCCACUCCAGCACCGGCGCCCGGGCAAGCCGCCCUCGCGGUCACAGUCCGACGUGCUCACCCGCAGCCGCCUGAGGCAGAUGAACGUCGACGCGGACGAUGGCAGCAGGGACGCCGGUGCCGAGCGGCGGCGGGCCGCGACCGCGACGCGCGGGUCGUCGGCGUCGCUGACGAGCGCGAGGGGCCACAGCAACAAGGGAGACGCCGGUGCCAGGAGGGGCUCCGAGUCUGACCCUUCCGCGGUGCCGGCCCUCGACGAGUCCGCGCUCACCGCGCUCAUCUCCCUGGCCGCGGGUCCCCUGAAGCGGUUCGCCAAGGACGAGGCGUUCCGCGCCUCGCUGCGCGCCGGCACCGCGUCGUGCCUCGGCGACUCCAACCACCGCGCCGUGCUGGACCUCCGCGUGCACGCGCAGACCGUCGAGCGCGCCGCGACAGAGGGCCUGGACCCGCGCGACCUGAAGCGCGCGUCGUUCAAGCUCCACGAGAUGGCGUCGCUCAAAGGCAACGACGCGGACGAGGUGACCGCGGAGGCGGGCGUUCCCUACCCGCGUCUCGCCGCGUGCGCGCACCUCUACAUGUCCGCCGUCUCCAAGCUGCAGAAGCGGGACCACUCCGCCGCAGUGCACGCCCUGGAGACCUUCUGCCUUGCGCCGCGGGAGGCGCGGACGGUCCUGCUCCCUGCGCUCUGGGACAGGCUCUUCCGAUCGGGCCUCUCGCACCUCAGGACGUGGCGCGACCGCGAGUCGGCGGCGGCGAGCGCCGACGAAAGGGUGAAGGAGGUGGAGAAGGUGUUCGUCGACGUACUGGACGAAGGGACGCGAGCGCUCGCGUGCUACUACAGGGACUGGCUGCUGGGGCGGACGGAUGCCAUGGCUCUCCCGGACAUUCCUGCUCCUCUGAGCACGGUCCAUGCCAGCGCGCCGAGAUGCUCGGCGUCGACGUCGUACGACAUCAGCUCGGACGUCAUGUUCGGCUCCGGGAGUUCGAGUCCGACCAAGUUCGCGUACGACGACACAAUGCGGCCAUCCGAGCGGAUCGAGGAGGAAGAAGCGGUGUACUCCGAGGCCGCCGCAGACGCGGUGACCGUGCUCCCGGACCACGAGAGCGAUGAAGCUGGAGGUGAGGAAAGGAGCUACACUCCCAGAAGUCCCACUCUGUUUGGACAAGAAAACGUGCCCGUGCCUGACAGUUUAGACAGAGAGACGUUCGAACCACAUGUCGAAGAACAACCCAACAAGGAAUCAGAUGCGUCAGCAAGUUACCCGAUUAUUUCUGACAACUCUGCUAUUGACCUUCUCACACUCGAGUUCUGUGAAGUGCCACUCCAGAGUGACACAGAUGGCAAUGAGCUAUCCAUUUUCGCCACGGUUCCCAACGACUUCCUCUGUCCACUGACGCGCCAGAUCUUCAACAAUCCCGUGACGAUCGAGACAGGACAGACGUUCGAGCGGCACGCUAUAGUUCAGUGGCUAGAUAGAGGCUUCCGGAUGUGCCCGGUUACAGGCCAAGAUCUCUCGAGCCUGACGGUUCCAGACACGAACCGUGUGCUCAAACGCUUGAUCGAUAACUGGAAAUCUGAACACUGCAAGCAUCUGAUAUCUGAAAGCGCUAGGCUUGAUGUGAAGUUAACCUUGCUAUUAAUAGACAAGGCUCUGGAUUCAGCUGAAGACAUGUCUGAAAAACUUGACAAGGCAAGGCACCUAAUGGCGAUCGGCGGGAUAGACUUCCUUCUGCACAAGUUUCAGGAAGGGUGGGGAGAUGAGCAGCCCCGGGUAGCUGAGCACCUGUUGCUUUGCAUCAGGGCGGAAGGCAGCUGCAGGAAUUACGUCGCUAUAAAGAUCGAUGGAUCAUGUGUUCUGCGACUUCUUCAGAGUGAAGUGCUUUCAGCAAGGAGAACUGCAGUGGGUUUGCUCAUUGAACUAGUAUGCUUAAGAAGGAGAGAAAUGUUUGAAUUGCUACUGCACGGAUUGAAAGCAGAGACUAUCAUGGAGGCAAUGGAUGUGCUAUUGGAAUAUCUCCGGAGGUUGCCUGUAGAAGAACAAGCCCCAGUUGCCGUUCUACUGUUGCGUUUGGAUGCAUUGGUGGAGCCAAACAGAAACAGCGCGUACAGAGAAGAGGCGGCCAAGACCAUCACACAUUCUUUGAGAUGCUGCCUGUCAGAUGACAAUGCCGUGCCCAGCACUCGGAGAGCUCUGCUGCUGUUGGGAGGGAAUUUCGCCUUCUCAGGCGACCUUCUCGCCGAGGACUGGAUGCUGAAACAGGCCGGCUUCAUCGACCACUCACGGGCCACUGCUGCCAGUUCUGACGCUGUCAUACACGACAAGGAAUCGGCCGAAAACGAAGCGUGGCUGAGGCACGUGGCCGCGGCGCUCCUCGGCGGCAGCAUCGGGAUCAGGAGACCGUUCCUGGAGGCGCUGUCCAAGUGCCUCGGCGGCUCCACCGACGCCGGCCUGGUGGGCGCGUGCCUGACGACGGCCGGGUGGCUGAGCCGCGCGCUGGACGAGGACGGCGCCGCGGACACGUCCCUCGCCGCGUUCUCGGCGCUGGUCCCGCGGCUGAAGCAGUGCCUGGCGCCCGGCCGCCCCGCCCGGCACAGGGUCCUCGCGGCCGUGUCGCUGCACCACUUUAGCAGAAUCCCAGACUGCAGGGAGCUGCUGAUGCUGCUGGCUGACGGCCUGCGUGACCACCUCGCGGAUCUCUCGCAGCAGACCUGGACGGCCGGACAGCUAUCCGCCGAACUCCGCGGCCACGAAUGACAUUUGACUUGCAGGUGCCGUAGGAGGGCCGCCGGCGACGGAGCCUCUCAUCAGCGGAAGUGUGUGAAGAAUACCAGCUGCUUUUCUUGACCCGUUCGUGAGAACCCUUUGAUGUGAAUUCUCAACAGUUUCGCCGAGAGCGACAAAGGCUGUGCAGUCUACUAUCUUCUUUAGAGUGUAUAGACUACAGUAAUAACUUUUAUCUCUUUUUCUUUUUCUGCAAAGCUUUGUGAUCGAUGAUGAGGCGCCGGCUGUGAAUACCACACGAUGGUUUUCAGUUUUGACUAGAGAGAUCCGGACCUUUUUUUUCUUCUUCUUCUUUUGGUCAUGAAUAUUCAGCGUUGGAAUGAUCUUCUCCACUUGGGAAAUUUGGGUGGUGGUACCGUGAUGGAUUAGGACGUUUAGCAACUUGUAGGAGGCUAGGAGCUAUGGCUU